CCACUCUCCAGCUUAACGGCCCGGCCGUGUCCAACGCUCGCGAUGCAAGUGGUCUCCAGUAUUGCUGCUCAGCGCUUCUUCGUGGAUUUGCCCGGCAUUUGUGCGCUGCGAGAGACGUCGCAGGCGAACCUGGUCGCAUGGAAUACAGUCGCACUGAGCUGCUUGGUGAAGAGGAGAAGCCAAAGGUGGAACUUCUGUGAGAUAUUCAGCUUCAUGUCCACUAGGGAAUUACACAUGUAUUUGGCGAGUUGUGAACAUUCCGUGACCAGCAUGGACAAAAAAUGAUGAUUCUUGUUGACGCAAUCAACGGCCGCGAUGUCAAGACUGUCACUUGAAGUUGGGUUGAGGUAUUCAUCAACGAGCUUGCGGCAGACAUUGCCUUUGCAAGUGGAGGUGCUCAAUGGACAGAUGAAAAGGGUCAGACGGAACGAGUGCGAGUCUAUCGCUUUCCUCCUUCCGGCUGGGAGUUGGGUUGGAGCUCCAAGCACAAAGCUCCUUGCUACUGGAAGCAAGGCUCACAUGAAGUCUCCAGAACUUAUCCUGGAAAGAAGAGAGUUGGUCCGUCGACCGAGAAGACCUUUCUCUUCCGACCGGGGCCUGCAGAGUCGAUGGGGAUGUGCCUCACAGAAGACGGCUUCAUCACUGAAGUCCUUCCGGAGAGUCAGGAUCCAUGGGUGGUUUCCGAUGGGAGCGAGCACGAAAGCAACAGCGCAUGGAAUUUGAUCAAAAGGCAUCGGCUUGGGCAGCAACCCUUUGAAGUGACGGUCAUUCAGCGUCCCAGAAUAAGCCCAGAGGAGAUGGGCCUUGGUCGACCAGAUCGCAUGCAUUUACCACCCGAUUGGGUGGAAGUGGUGCCACCUGGCUGGGGCACGCAGGGGAAGAGCUACUACAGAAACAGCUGGACUGGGCAGUGCUGCGAAUUCCAGCCACUUCCACAUCCUGCAUAUCCACUUUAUCCCAAUCAACAGGAUAGGCUCAUCCGCGAUCAGCGUCUCCGUGCCCUACGCACAAUUGCGCGUGCUGCGCUGGCUACGCAAGGCAAGCAAGCUUGCUGCGCUCAUUCCUUCGGGUGUGACAAGCAAGUGCUUUUCAGGCUUUUGAAAGACUUUGUGCAUGAUUUGCACGAGCCACUACGACAACGUGCAAUCGAAUGCCUUGGAGAAUUGUCAGUCACGCAAGGCUUUCUGGACAACCGUGACAUACUAAACAGCCUUCAAAGCAGAGCAAAGGAUGACAGCCCAGUUGUUCUCACUGCGUUGAUUGACGCGCUGGUUCCUUGGAAAGACGAAAACCGCCAUGUUGAGCUGCGGAGGAUUGCUGCUAAGCUCAUCCGGACUCAUUCCAUGGGGGUCGAAGCUUAUCGACUGAAGUUCCCCGAUGGCUUUGGUUUUCGAAUGGACGUCGAUGAUUUCCUGGGGCUCCAAGAGAAUGCGUCCAGCGAUGAAGAAAGCAACAAAUCAAAUUAUUGAAACUGAAACAUGCUGCCAGUGUGGCGCAUGUCUUUGUAGGCUAGUCCAAGAUAGUGACGUUUGUCCAAGUAUGAGUGUCUUUUUGAUGAAGCUCAUUGUAGCUGACGACAAUACGUCGAAAGCAGAAUGUAACAAAACACGCAUUUGCUUGAAAAGCCAAAGGCCAGUAGUCAGCAGUGGAUGAAGACCCGAUGGCGAAAAGAGCAAAAACAGGAGACGUGAUGCGAACAUCUUGGGGAUUGAAACCCUGGGUGUCUCAUUGUGUAGAGGCAUUUGCCUGGUCCCCUGCCAAAACCCUGAACCAUGGAGACAAAAUCAUCUUGGUUGAUGCAAGUCAAAUGACAAUGAGUCAGCAUAUCCCAGGCAACCGACGAGGAACUCACAGUGCUGGAAUGGUCAAUCCAUGUGCUUGUGAAUGUGUUAUGUGCUAUGUUGGCUCGAGGAAGUCGUAGAGACUCAUAAACAUACUUUGUUUGAGAAUUUAUUUGUUCCGUUGCUUCGAUGGCUCAUAACAUGGGCCGCCUAGAAGGCGGCCCAUCAUGGGAAGCUCUUCGACCAGGAAGACACCACAUUGAACUUCCAACAUCUUAUAUCGCCUUGGUCACAGAAAUGAUUUGCAGUCAGCGCCUCAUGCUCAGGCCAUGGAUGCCUACUUCGACGCGAUGUGAAUCAAGGUGAAAGAUCCGGACGAGAAGCUUUGCGAGUCAACGAAUUUGAUGGAGCUCCCCACACUACUCAGGUGUGAGUUUUGAUUUCGGAAACGGCCAGAGUGGCUCUUGAAGGCCCUUUUGUCCGCUCGAAGUGAAAAAAAAGUAACCCAGUUCAAGCCACUAUCUUUCAUUCAAGAUUCAAGCAGAUUCGCAGAAUGACCAGUUUGAGAGCGCAG